GAAGGCACAAAUGAAUUAUAAUUUACGUGAAAAAGAUUUUUUUGGUUUGUUUACUCAUUUUGAGUCAUAGACGUUUGUAAAAAUGAACUCAGUGCAAUUAAUAAAUGGAUUUUGUAGGUUUUCAAUAAAUAAUAUUAAAGUUUGCUGUCAUAAAAAACCUAUCAAAUUACACGUUAGACAUAGUGCGACAAUGGGAUGUACAAACUAUAGAAAAUUGACUCCUCUUAUUAUAAACAUUCGGCGCUUAGGCUUAGGACCUACAUCAAAGGACUUUGAGGAACCAACCCAGUUAUCGGGGCCUUUGACAAAAGGUCACGCAACAGAACUCAUCUUGCGAUUAAAUAAUGAAGAGAGAAAAAUGUUAUUUAAUGCGUUACAGGAGUACGAAUCUAAUGUAAUCAAAGAAGAGUUCGAAGACAAAUUGGCUGGACAGCGGUGGAGGACUAAACUUGGGAGGCCUAGCAAGGUACCGACGUUAGGCGAUGUCGAUCCCACUGGAUCCUAUUGUCCGGUUCCUGAAGACUGGUUAAAGAAAAAAUAUGCUGCAAAAGUGCCGAAACCUACGACAAGGGAAUUACUUCAUUUGUCACUUGCAAAUUCUAUACCGUUCAUUGGUUUUGGAUUCCUGGACAAUUUCAUCAUGAUAAUUGCCGGCGACAGCAUCGAGAGCAGCAUGAGCGCGUACAUCACGCUGUCGACGAUGGCGGCGGCGGCGCUGGGCAACACGUUCAGCGACGUGAUCGGCAUCGGCUCGUCGUACUACGUGGAGCGCGCCGCCGCGCUGCUGGGCCUCGGCGCGCCCGCGCUGGCGCCCGUGCAGCUCGACAUGCCCGUCAGCCGCCGCUUCGCCAACAUGGGUCGGGUACUAGGCAUCACGCUCGGCUGCUUUCUGGGGAUGAUACCGUUGCUCUUCAAGGAUGACGAGAAGAAACCUGAGUCAAAAUAAUCAUACGAGGAUAAGGGAGAAUGACCAAAAAUAUAUGGCCCUCGGUAAAAAUGUCCCCCCCCAGACGCACUGAACUAUUACAACCAGACCGCAACAAAAAAUAUGCACACAGUAAGAAAUUAUUGAAUAAAAAGUCAUGUUUUUGUACCUUUUUAAGCGAAAAAAUAUCGUUAUUAGCGACAGAAUUAUAUUCUGUCCAUCGCACAUUUUGAACUAAACUACGCAUGUUAUGUCAUGCCGCGCGGUGUCCCGUGUUAGGUUUUCGUUGAAAUAGAUUUUGAUCAAAGGUCCUGAAGAAAGAAAACACAACGCGUGUCACGUAGUACCAGAUACCUAGGGCACUAGCGCAUUAUUUGCUAACUACGAAAGGGGUAAAAAUAGUAUUAUCUUUAAUUUGCGCGGGGUUAUCGAUGAAUCAUCAUUAACGCCGCAUAAAGAGUAGCUACCUGCGCACAAUUAAAAUGAAUUUAAAUAAAUAGUGAAGCAAAAGUAAGCUAAACUUUUUAUUAUUUUUAUAUAGUCAUAACUUUUUACUGUCAGCUUAUUUUUUUUUUUGAUUCAUACUAAAAGUUACAAUCUGUAUAGUGGGCUACAAGUCAACAAAGGUCUCGUUAGUGGUGGAUAUUGUGACCACUUUUGGUCAUUCUCCUUUGAAAUGUCUUAUAAAUACUAGCGUACUGACAUCAGUAUCAGAGAUCAGUACGGCAUGAAACGCUUUGAUGAAAUGAAAUAUGGAAUAGAUUUAUAUACGCGAGCAACAAACGGAAAAUCUUUUUGAUACUAUUAUAUAGGAACACACUUCUAUUUAUUAUGUUACAAAAACUACUCCACGGACUGGACUCGGACCUGUCAUGGUUUUAAACCUUAUGUGAAUAUGUACGUUCUCGUCGGUGCAACGCCUAGUUGGGAAGAUUUAACGAGUGGCUCGAGAAGCAACUUAAAGUUACUAAAGUAGCGGAUUAGUCGAGCAGUCCUUGUAUUUAGAGUAAGUAAUUGUAAUGACUUUAAUCGCUUGUAUAGUGUAAAUACGUAUUAAUUACUGAAAAGAUUAUGUCAAAUAUAUUAAUGUUGUGAAUAAAGACUAAUUCAAAUGCACAUAUUUAAUACUGAUCACAUUAUCGAGCACAAAAUGUAAAAAUAUUAUUCAUAAAUAAUAUAAAUGUAACUUUUCAAAGCCAUUUAUUUUGAUAUUCAACCUAUACAGCUAUACAACAUAAUUAGUGUAAUAUUGAGUCUCUUGACAAUCGAAUGUACAAGCCACUGUCAUAUGUAUUUAUUGUGCAUAACUAAGAUGCAAACUGUUAUAUUUGAACGAUUGUGUAUCUUACAUUACCGAAAACAAUUAUUAUGAAAAGUCCUUCCGUACAAUAUUGCGAAUACCGUCCAUAGUACGAUGUUGGGGACGUGUAUAUAUUUACACACGCGAGUGUAACUCACCACAUACCGGCAAUGAGACAUUAAAUUUGUCAUUAUCGAUUUAGGGUGUACGUAGUACAAGCACACAUACAAAAGGUUUAAACGAAUUCUUGUACGUUAAGUCGUAAUCGAGUAUGAGAAAACGUUUUGACCUGAUUUUCCUCGACUGCCUUCUAUUUGCAUUAAUGUUUUUAGGCUAUUGCAAUUAUUAUUAUAAUUUAGUAAAAUUAUGCAACUUAUCAGUGUUGCUUUUAUUAAUAUGACGAUAUAAUGAUAAAGUGAAAAACUGGAACUAUAUACAUUAAUUCAUUGAAUCAAAUUGACGCUAUAAGCUUUGGUAACUCGCUUUUAUUUUAUCGUAUUGACAAACGUUUUACAAUUAAACUAUAUAAUUUUUUUUAAUCUGUGUACACAGUGAAAAUAUCAUAUUAUAUUUUAAUUUUUUUUUUAAACGGUAUAUAUGUACGCCUGUAAACACUAUACUUGCCCAUUUUAUGAUUUAACUAUAGCAUGUCACUUAAUUGUGCUAAACGUUUGCAAUUAAGUACUUGUUUCCGUUACAUAUAUAGAGAUAGAUAACGCGAGUUUAACUUUACAUGUUUUCCAAUGUAUAUUUUGUACGCCAGCCUGCUUUCGACCGGCGCGGCGACCCGGCAACGUAUCACGUGUUUUAUACACAAUUGAAACUCUUAGAUUAUAGAGUACGUUGUCAAUCGAAUAGAUAUGUUUUGGUAGGAAGCAGUUUUUUUGUAGCACGUUUAUUUCAUUGUCUAUUGCUGCUUUGACUCGACGCUAUAAACGUUGUUUUGUUAAUACGCAAUGUAAAGUCGUAGUAUGUCGCGUGCUGGCUUACAUUUCGUGGUACAGAGUAUUUUAUCCAUCCUGGGUCAAAUGUAGCAAAUAGUGUUGUGUAUUAAAUAUUAUACGAUUUGUUGGACUUGCGGUAUCCAUCUUAAUAUUAUAUAUCUGUGGUGGGGUAGCCAUAAUUUUGGACAACGCAAUAUUAAUUAACAAUGAGUUCGUGUAUGUAUAUACACGAGACGAAAUUCAAGUAUAAAAUAUUAUCUGCGCAGUAACGUAAAUAUGUAUCUAAUUUUAACGUAACAGUUAUGACUAUACUAAUUUUAUAUUAGUUCGCUUUUCAAUUCAACUUAUUAAGUGACAGUAAUUGCCUUCAAAUGUGUCACUAGUGCACUGAGGCCUCUUAUCUCGUGGAGGCUUGGACGUGCAACACGGGCUGUUGGAUACAUCUGUGGCACAAUAACACCCGAUACAUGUAGAAUACCUUAUGAUAUUUUCCUUUACUGUGUUCGAGAUGAAAGCUUAGUGGUGCUUGCCAUCUCCAUCUCGGUAUAUGUCAAUGGAUAAUUAACUCUAAUAGAAGUAAAAGAUACAAAACAAGUACUGCUGCAAAUGAACCGUUUGAGAAUUUAAAAUUUAUUGCUGAAUAGAAAUAAUGUUUAUUUUGAGUCAUUUUGUUAAUUUAUACUCGUAAGUUUUUAAU